UCUUUCUUUCUUCUUUCUUCUUUUUUUAUAUAAAAAUAUUAAAAAUGUUUAUAAAAUCAAUCAUAGAUUGGAUCCACUUCUUCAUUUGCCUAUAUAUCCACAUCAUCUCAACUAUAAAAGCAGCUAUUUAUAUUGCAAAACAUGACUAUCCUGUUAGACCACAGCGAUCAUGUAAGAAAAUGCCAGUGAUCAUCAGCAGAAGAAGGCUUGCUAGGAACAAUAAAAUUAAGAGUUUGCCAACUGAAAUACUCUUACUCAUAUUCAAUCAAUUGGAUCAAAAGGACUUGUAUCAUUGUUUAACGGUGUCCAAACAAUGGAAGAAAAUCAUCACCCCCCUUCUCUGGAAAGUGGCUACUCCUUUAAGGCCAAUAUUAAAUUGUGGCCAAAAAUUCCCUUCCAUCUACUUUCCUAUACAUUUCCAACAAUAUGGUCAUUCAAUCCAAUCCUUGGAUCUAUCACUUAUUGCUCACCACGUGAACGAUUCGACCAUUCGACAGAUCAUUUACUAUUGUCCAAACAUAACCAAGCUCAACUUGACCAAUUGCCGUGCUAUCACUGAUGAAUCCUUCCGACUCUUAGCCCGUGCCCCUCUUGCACGUAAUCUAGAGUCUCUCGUGUUGACAAACUGCCGACAAAUCACCGAUCGUAGCUUGUAUUAUUUGUCUGCCGUGUGUGAUCAACUCAAACUACUUCAUCUGAACGGCUGUGUUCACAUCGGUCACUCUGGUGUAACUCGUCUCAUGACCAUUACCGGAAAGACCAUCCGACAUUUACGUAUCAACGAUUGUCCUCUUCUCACAGGUGCUACAAUUCAAGCAGUAGGUCGUUAUUGUGGUCCAAAAUUAGAAUCCAUUGAUCUCUCUCGUUUACCAUUCAAGCACACGGAUAUCGUCAAAUUGAUUAAGCAAUGCCCUAAUAUCACACAACUGGAUAUGUCUUUGAAGAAUCCGAUUCGCGCAGAUUUCAUGUCAAGGUCAACCGCUGCUACUGUUUCUGAUCCAGAUAGACACAUCCAUGAGUUAUCUGGCUUUAUUGAGCUGUUAAACCAACUCAACAUUCACCCUACCCUGUCCGCUGAAUCAGCAAGACAUCGUCGUUUCAUCUUGGAGCAACAACGUGUUCGUGACUUGGUGUGUGAUCGCACGAUAGAGUAUGUAUCCAUUCACUUGAAGAAUCUCAAGAGGCUUGAUCUCUCUCAUUGGGCUUGUUUAACUGAUUCUGGUGUGCGUGCCUUGGCUGAUAAUUGUAGACAUUUAUCGGAGAUUUCAUUGUUGGGAUGUACAAGCGUCACCAAACGAGGUUACAAAUAUCUGGCUGAAGCGUAUUGCAUCAAUAACAAUAACAAUCAGCGCUACAACAGCUCACUAAGUGAUCAUGAAUCACUGGCAAGUACUGUUGUAGAAGUAGAGCGAUCCAAUUCAACGCCUCUUCCUACCACCAAAACAACAUUUUAAUAUCAUUUGAAUGCACACGUAUAUAUUUAUUUAUAUAUAUAUAUACAUAUAUAUACUAUUCAACCCACAUAUAUCGACGUAUAUGUACAUAUGGCAAAUUGCAUCUUAUAAAUAUCUUGCACCUAUACCCCUUCUAUUUUUUUUUCUUUACCCCAUUUGCUUUAAAUAAAUGCAUAAAAAGUAUAAUCAUUAAGAAUGUUGUCUCACCAGACCAUAAACAAAAAGCAAUGCAUCAUGUACAUCUUUUUCUUUUUUUCU